AUGCAAUACCGUCACUUUUCACCUUCUUCCUAUUCUCUUUCUUCACAUUGCGCUCCAAUCUUCGCCUCCUUCAUGCAACUUCAGGUCUCUCGCAUUUAUCAGGAAACAAAAAAUGUUAAUAACAAAAAUCCAAGCUCUAAUUCCAUUAAUAAUACCAAUUUGUUCCUCGAUAUUAUGUUCUCAGUAACAAGCAAUGCUUUAUUCACAGAUGCAGCUGUAAUAGAGUUCAGUGACUCAUCUAGCUCCAAUAGUCUCGGGUGCCUUAAACAAAAAACUACAAAGCACAGUUACUCUCUUUCCAAAACAAGUAGAUUAGAGAUAGCAUUUUGGAAAGUUUUAGGUAGCAGCACUGAUUUAGUGUGUAAACUGCAACCUUCUGAAGAAGAGCAAGAAGAGAAGAUUCUUCCACUAGCACAAAAUGCUGAUGAAAAAGUUCAUCAACCUACUUCAUACCUCAGUUAUGUCGAAUUCCGAAACAUAGCAAAGCAAGAAAAACCCAAGGAAGUGAUCACCAUAGUGAAGCAAGAAAAACCCAAGGAGGUGAUCACCCCUGUGGUCGUUAAUAUAACUCACAGGCUUGAACCUGAUGGCUCAGUGUACAACUAUGCCUCUGAGUCCAAAGGUGCCAAGGUGGUGGCUCACAAUAAAGAGGCCAAAGGUGCCAACAAUAUACUAGGGAAGGAUCAUGAUAAGUACUUGAGGAAUCCUUGUUCUGUUGGAGAUAAGUUUGUUGUUAUUGAGCUUGCAGAAGCGACUCUGGUUGAUACUGUGAAAAUUGCAAACUUUGAGCAUUAUUCUUCGAACUUCAAGGAAUUUGAAUUGGCUGGUAGUAUGAGCUAUCCAACUGAAUCAUGGACAAUGAUGGGAAACUUCAUUGCCGCAAAUGUGAAGCAUGCUCAGACCUUUAGGCUUCUUGAACCCAAAUGGGCCAGGUAUUUGAAGUUGAGCUUGCUUAGUCAUUAUGGAUCUGAGUUUUACUGCACUUUGAGUGUUGUGGAGGUUUAUGGUAUUGAUGCAAUAGAGAGAAUGCUUGAGGAUCUUAUUGUUGCUUCUGUGGGAGCCAUGCCAGAGAAGUCUUCAGAGCACAAUGCCAGUGAUACCCCUUCUUUGAAGCUAGAAGCUGGUCAAAUUGAGAAAAGAAAAGACAAUGAAAGUAUGAAUGAUAGUGUGCCUACUGAGAUAUCAACUGUUAAUGAUGACGCUCAGAAGAUUGUUGUGGAGGUGGCAAAAACUCCACCAAUGGUGAACUUGGUUCCUGAUCCUGUACUAGAAUUGAGGCAACAGCUAAAUGGUAGGAUAGCUGGUGACACUGUUAUGAGGAUUUUAGUGCAAAAAGUGAGGUCAGUGGAGGCGAACUUAUCCACAAUCGGGAAUUAUAUCAAAGAGUUGAACAGGAGACAAUGCGAUACAAUACCUGCUUUUGAGAAAGAGUUGCAAAAAUUAUCAGAAUGCCUGGGACAAAGCAAGUCAGAGAUUAAAGACCUACGGGAGAGGAAUGCAAAUAUGGAAAAAGAAAUAUCCGAAGUUGAGUCAUGGAAAGAUGCUGUCUCAUCCCAACUUGAUGAACUGGCCAGACAAAAUUUAUUGCUAAGAUCAGAUGUUCAAAAGGUUGCAAGUGAUUAUGCAGCCCUAGAAAUCAAAGAGCUUGCUGUGUUAGGAAUGAGUCUUCUUUUUGUUUGCAUGUCGAUUCUCAAGAUAACUUCAGUCCACAUGUCGUUGAUGUUUUCUGAAGCACACAAUAAUGCUGAUAAGGGACCUCGGACAAUAAAAGGAUGGGUUACCUUGCUUUUACUUGUAGAAGUUUGGAUACUUGUAAAUACAAUUUUGAUAAGGUUAUCAAAUCAACACAGAACACUUUGUAUACUGAAGAGUGAACACUUUGUUCAGUGCCUCCUCACUAAGGUCACUGCUUGCUGA